AUGAAGACGACUAGAAAGAGCACCCCAAAGACCCGCACGGGAUGUACUACCUGCAAAACCCGCCGCAUCAAAUGCGACGAAACAAAACCGCAUUGUCUGCGGUGCACGCGCUCAAAUCGCACAUGUGGGGGAUACACAUCGCUUGCAUCCGCCCAUGUUGUGGAUAAAAUUAAAGAAUAUAGCAUCCCGUUUAAAGUUCCUGGCGGUAGAUUUGAUCGCCAGCUCCUCCAUUUCUACUGUAUCGAAGCCGCAGCGAGUCUUUCGAGCUUUUCCGACGCGGACUUCUGGAAUCGACUCAUCUUGCAGAGAUGCCACCAUCAGCCAGUGAUUCGCAACGCACUUGUCACGCUCAGCGCUAUUUAUCGAGACUAUAAGUCUAAAGAGAACUCUGGGUUGGAGUCCGACCGUACAUCGCCGCAGCAUCUGCAACUAAUCGCCAGAUCUCACAAGCAGCUAAGGAUACAUCUCUGUUCACCAGACGCGUCAACUGAAGUUGCUUUGAUCUGCAGCAUGAUCUUUUACGCUUUUGAGGCUCUUCUAGGCAAUGCCGUACAGGCGAUCCGACAUCUCGAUCAGGGGCUGAUCCUGCUGGAACGUUGUCAGGCUACUGCGCCCGUGCACCGCGCCACGGAUGACAUUUUUCCGCGUUUAACAGCCUUGUUCGCUAGCCUGGACAUUCAGGCAAGCACAUACACUAAUAGCCGGCAGCCUAUAUUGUCACUUACUUCGCCAUUGGAAAGGUCCGGGCUUGUCCCGGUCAUCCCAGAAGGUUUCACCUCUGCAGAUGCACACAUGUUACUCAUCAAGUUGCAGAACUGGAUGUUCCACCAUCUUGCCUCAUCCCACCCAUAUAAGAUUAAAGGCCUACACCUUCUACCAGCAGAUAUCCUUAUCGAGCGACACCGGCUAUAUGACCAAUUGACGAAAUAUAUAGAAACUGUGAGCGCGUGUUCGACCUAUAGUUCUCGCCCAAGCACGGCAAAUCGUCUACUCCUUCGACUCCAAGCGCGGAUCUUCCGCACUAUCCUGGCCGAGGAUAUUCCAUCUCUGCAGGAUAAAGAUCGUGAGCCACUUCGAGAAUGCUUACAGGAUAUAUCGGCCAUUUUGGAAACUAUGUCCACGUAUUCCUCUUCACAAGAUACUACUUCUGCGCAGAGAUCAUUCACAUUAAGUACCCAGCUUGUCGCAGCGCUCUACUAUAUCUGUAUGAAAAGCAAUCAUCCCAGCACAGUGGAGGCUGCCCUGUCAUUCCUGCGACACGAGAAGCUGCCGAGCCGCGAUGGGGUCUGGGACGCACGGACGGUAGAAGCUGUGGUGCAUGGCAUCCGACAUUCCAGCAAGCUGCCUGAAUGGCGAAUAGGCAAAGAUGAAGCUGCAAAAUAUCGCCUCGAGUACGCCAAUGCGGAUGUUGUCAACGCAGCUAGUGAUGGGGGCGUGUAUGAGAUACGGGAAAUACUGCGACGUAAUGAGCAGUAGAUCAGGUGUGGCGACUCCUCUAGCUUGGUGUCUAGGUCUUAAUGACCCCCACGAGAGCUGUUGAACACAGGUGAGCUGGCCGCUCUUGGGUCCUCAGCUUCCGGGAGCGGUUCUAACCGGCUCGUGUCCGAUAGACGACUUCCAUGGCGCGAUAGCGGGAUGAUGUCAACACAUCAAGGCAAUCCGGCUAAUUCGCGUGCAGGGAUCGGGUAUUGG